AUGGGCGCAGGAGCCUUCAUAGAACCUCUCGUUGUAGUAACCUUACUCUUCGGCGGCACAUAUGUAAACCGAAACACAGAGUAUCGCCUGCUCGGACGGCGGAGAGUCUACCAGAAUUCACCGCGUUCAGGCUCACCCGAUUCGGGUCGAUCUAGUCUAUCGUCGAGCGCAUCGUUACUAGCGAACAUCGACGAGGAGCCGAAAUGGAGGAAACGCGAAAUUUCGAUACUGGGUAUGAAGAAGGGUGUCAUGAGUCCUAAUACCAUGAGAUUUCAGGAUUACUUCUUGUCACGGCUACUCAAGAAGUUUCCGUUUCUGGUCGAGGCAUGGUACUGGGCACUGAUCUACUGGGUAUACCAACUUGGUCGCGCAUUUUCAGCUGUAACAAUGGUCGAAGGUACCGUAAACGUCGCCCGCCGUCACGCCCUUCAAAUCAUUCACCUUGAACAACGACUCCACAUCUUCUUCGAACUCGACGUGCAAGCCUGGUUCCUCAAGCACCCCUUCAUUCUCCACUGGACGAACCGCACAUACUCAUUCAUUCAUAUCCCGGGUACAAUCUUGUUCCUGGUAUGGCUAUUCUACUACACCACGACGCGCAACCGCAUCGACCUACCUCUCCACAACAAGUCACUGUGUGAGGCAGAUGGCAGUCCCGCAGGGCCCAAAAUCUAUGCCGCGCGACGCAGAACAAUGGCAAUGUGCAACCUCAUCGCCUUCAUCAUCUUCACGCUCUGGCCCUGCAUGCCACCGCGCCUCCUCUCCGACCCCGAUGUACCAGGCGCCAUAGGUAAAGAAGCGCGCAGCUACGGCUUCGUCGACACUGUUCACGGCGCCGAGGGCGAAAGCAGCGUAUGGACUCAAAAUAAAUUCUGCAACCAAUACGCCGCCAUGCCGUCGCUGCAUUUCGGUUACUCGCUCCUCAUCGGACUUACCAUCAUGUCGAUUCCGCUGGCGCAUCAGCACCGUCGCUCCCGUAGUGUCCAGCUUACCAUGGGCUUGAGAAUGCGAAUCCCGUCUCCUCGCCGCUUGCUCUGCAUCUUCCUCGGUGUCGCAUAUCCUACUAUCAUCCUCAUCGCUAUCGUGGCUACGGCGAAUCACUUUAUCCUAGAUGCGGUGGCGGGCGCCAUGGUCUGUGGGCUUGCGUGGACCGGGAACCGUCUCUUGCUUAAUUUAUUGGUGCUGGAGGAUUACUUCCUUUGGUGUGUGAGGAUUCACAAGCCGGUGCGUCGUGUGGUUUACUGGGAGGACGAUGAAGAUGAGGUGGAUGGGUACAGAGGAAAGUCUGGGCCCAAGGGCGUUGUGGUUGAUUAG